AUGUGCGAACGAAAAACCAACAAAUACGUCUGCAACCGUUGUUCCAACUUCAUCUACAUCAGCAAGCCCAGAGAAACCGUAUGCCAGCGGAAGCUCUCGGAUAAGGUUUGCGGUCGACUUGAACAUAUCGAAAUCGUCAAAUGCGAGCCUGCCCUCUGCACCCGAUGUGCCGCAUUCCCCAACUGCCAUCUUUCGUUUACUGGCAAACCCGACAUUUCUCCCACAUCGGAACACAAUGUUGUUCGAAACUUCAAGUCUUUUAUGAACAAGAAGCCUAAAGACCUUUACAUUCGUGAAUCUACUAUCCAAAAGACUAGGAAGACGUACUUGGCCGGUGCGAUCGACCCAGCGCAGGAAGAGCGUAACUUUCUUCUCAAUCAAAUGCUCUCUUGUCGACUUAAACGUCCUAUCGAGUUGAUGAAGAUCAAAGGACCCGCGGAAGAGGCUACCAAGGAGGCCAACGAGGAAGCCAAGCAAGAACCACAAGACAAGUCCAAGACAGAGCCCAAGGGGGAUCCCGACAAGAAUACCAAGAACGAGCCCGAGCAAAAGGCCAAAGAGGAGGCCGAGAAGAAGGAAUCCGAAGACGAUGCCAACAAAUAA